UUCUGUAUACAUUGAGGUUAUGACAAUUGUUUAUUUUGUAUUUCAUCAUUUUUAUUUUGAAUAAUGGGAAAACCGUCAAAAGUGGUAGUAUGUGGUAUGAAGGGUGUUGGAAAAACGUCAAUUUUACAACAAGCUAUAUAUGGACAACUACCAAAUACUUCGGAAUUAUUUCCAACUAUAGAAGACAUAUAUGUGGCAAACAUAGAAACCGAUCGGGGAACUCGGGAAAAGAUUCGUUUUUACGACACGGCUGGAAUUGAAAAAUCUCAAACCAGUACUGCAAAUGGCACAACUAGUCAACAACUGCCUCGACAUUACUUGGUUCUUGCUGAUGGAUACAUAUUUGUAUAUGAUGUCGAAAAUUUAGAAUCUUUGGAUGUGCUAAUUUCACUUAAAAAGGACAUUGACAAAAAUAAGGACAAAAAAGAGGUUACUGCAAUCGUAAUUGGCAACAAGAGUACUAAUGGAAGUAAUCCAGAGAGUGAGAGUACACUGAACAAGGCGAUCGCUUGGUGUAGCAAAGAAAAAAUUCGUCAUUUCAAUGGCAGUGCAAAACAACGUAUCACUUUAUUUGAACCGUUCACUUAUUUAAGUAGUAAAUUAAAUCCCCCACCUAGUAAAAGUACAUUUCCUCAAUUGUCAAUGGGUCGAAAAACAUCUACGAGAGACAAUUAAAAAGUAUUAUAAAUAUAUUUAUUUAGUCAAUAAGUUAAACAUAAGAUACAUAAUAAAACUAUAAUAAUAUACACAA